AUAGAGUCAAGACUUGACUUGACUUGCCUCUAUUUUGCGUUUUGAAGCGGUGCUGUGUGACCGCCGAGCCCCCAAAUGGCGGUUCCAUUAACCGGUACUAAACUUGUCUCGACGAUCCCUUUUGUUGUUUUAUUAUUUCUCGCUUCACACAAUCUAGUAGCUGCUCACAACUCAUGUACUCAACGCCCGUUGAUCUGCGAAUUCGACCAAGCCAAGCGUAAAAUCUCACAAUUAGAAUCUGUCCUUGAAGACCGCAUGCAUGAUUUAGAUGUUAAGAGCCAACAUCUUGGAGAAUAUACAAAGCAGCUGGAGGAGAUUAAUCAUGAGAUUGAUCAUCUACAAUCUGUUUUGCUUAUUUUGAAGGAUGAUCCAUCUCAUGCAGACAAAAGACUUGCACUACUUGAAGAAGAGGUUCGAACUCUCUGGGACGUUUCAAGAACAAAUAACUUUGAUCUCCAUACUCUAGAGCUUAAAGCACAAGAUGCUGAGGAAAGAUUAGAUACAGUUGCGUCAAAAGCUCAAAAGAUGGCUGACAUUGUGACUGAACAGUGGAUUCAAGUUCAGCGGCUUGAACAGGCUCUUCAGAUGGCACAAAUGAGAACCUGGAAGGCCAAGUGGCAACUAAGAUUUACAAGAUGCACAUAUUUCAAGUUUUUCAAUAACCUUUUUGGAGGCCAUUUCGAAAAGUUGAUGAGGGUGCUGGAUCCAAACUUAUAUGAGAAUUGGUCUGCACCAGAUUCUUACUUGUCUCAAGUAACGCAUCAGUUGAAAAGAAUAUUUGCAGCAGCAAAGUAUCAUCACCACCAGUUGCAAGGCUAUAUUAAGAAAGAAAUGGAAGGAAAUGAAUUCACUGCAGCUUUUGCAAAUAACGAGGUGGUAUUUGUCAUUGCAUCUGCUCUGAUCACUUUCCCUAUACUGAGUGCCUGGAUGUUCCUCACAUCAUAAUUCUUCUACAUGGAAUGUGCUGGUUAUUUUUUGAUAUCUUUAUUAAGUAAAUAUUUUCUGAAGAAAACUUUUUAUCUUUAUGUUAGGCUGGUUUACAGAAAAGUUCAAGCUGAAAUGAGCUUGAUGUUACAAAAGUCGUAAUGGAUUCUAUAAUGUUGUGAUAGAAGAUCAAUAGAUACUUUUUUGUCUUUGAUACGUCUUACGCAAACUCAAUGCAUGCAUGAGGUGUACACAAAUUUCAGAUUUGUUCAUGCUGCAAUCACAAUGGAAUCAUUUCUUGUGA